AUGUUGACACUUUUAUUAUUACAGGUUCCUGGAAGUCAACAUGAAUGGAAUAACAUAAUGGAAGACUACUAUAGAUUAUGGAACUUUCCAAACUGUUGUGGUGCAAUGGAUGGAAAAUUGGUGAAUAUAAGAUGCCCAGGAAGUUCAGGCUCUGAAUAUUUCGACUACAAAAAGAAUUUUAGUAUUCAUCUAUUUGCAGUAGUAGAUGCGAAUUAUAAUUUUAUUUAUAUAGAUGUUGGGACAAACGGAAGGGCAAAUGAUGCAUCCGUCUUUAAUAAAUCAACACUGAAUGAAGCUUUGUUGUCGAAUCUUCUAAAUUUCCCAAAGGAAGGCGGAAUCGUCGCAGAUGAUGCCUUUCCUUUGCGGACGGAUGUUUUGAAACCAUAUAAUACUAGAGGAGAGUUUGGCGAUAAACAAAAAAUAUUUAACUAUCGGCUGUCAAGAGCUCGACGAGUGGUCGAAAACUCUUUUGGAAUAUUAGUAUCAAAAUUUCGAAUCUAUGAAAAGGCGAUUCCAUUGUCAGUGCAAAAAGUUGAACAACUUGUUAAAACGACGUGUGCAUUACAUAAUUGGCUCAGAAAAACUACAGUGGACUACGUGCAACAACGAUCACUGGAAACUGAGGAUUGGGUCACAGGGUCCAUUGUACCUGGAGAAUGGCGAGAAGUACCAUAUUUAGCAUUAAGCGAUUUACCACCAACCAAUGCAAGAAAUCAUAGUGAAAAUGCCCGCCGCGUGCGUGACGUAUAUGCAGAAAAGUUUGUCACUUCAUGCACUGUACCAUGGCAAUGGAACAUGAUAAGAAGAAUAUGA